AUGACCUUUCUCACCGGCACCGCCGGGUCUGCGGUCGGUCGCAGGGCCUCAGCUAACGCGUCUGCCGGUCGGGCUCCCCUCUCUCCGCAGAGGUGCAAGGACAAGCUGAACGCCUUGGCCAUCUCGGUGAUGAACCAGUGGCCGGGGGUGAAGCUGCGGGUGACGGAGGGCUGGGACGAGGACGGCCACCACUCGGAGGAGUCCCUGCACUACGAGGGCCGCGCCGUGGACAUCACCACCUCCGACCGCGACCGCAGCAAGUACGGCAUGCUGGCGCGCCUGGCGGUGGAGGCCGGCUUCGACUGGGUCUACUACGAGUCCAAGGCGCACAUCCACUGCUCGGUGAAAGCAG